AUUUCAGAAUUUGAAGUUUAGUAUAGCAGCCUUUCAAUAUGGUUAAAAUAUUUGUUGGUAACAUACCAUCAGAUUGUGCAAGAGCUGAUGUCCUUGAUAUAUUUGAAAAAUAUGGGAAAGUGAGAAGUUGUGAUAUCAUAAGGAACUUUGCAUUUGUUCAUAUGGACAAUGAGGAUGAUGCGAGAGAUGCCAUUGAAGCACUUAACAACUCAAGAUUCAUGGGUGGCGAGAUUACUGUGGAAGAAUCUAAAAGUCGUCCAAGAAACACACAGAAAUUAUAUGUUGGAAACUUAUCUUCCACUGCCAAUCGUAGAGAAUUGGAAAAACUGUUUGAAAAAUAUGGAGAAGUUGUUUCGUGUGACAUCAUCAAAGAUUAUGCAUUCGUUCAUAUGAUGAAAGAAAGAGAGGCAGAGAAAGCAAUUAAAGAAUUAUCAGGAGUAAAUUAUGCUGGCAGAAAAAUUGUUGUUGAUUACUCUCGUAACAAUGACAACAACCGUAGGUUUGAUAACAGAUAUGGUAAUGAUGGAAGAUAUGGCAGGGAUUACGGUAACGACAGGUAUGGAGGUUAUGGGGGCGGGGGCUAUCGUGGACGUGGCGGGGGUUUUGGUGGUGGCUAUCGCAGAGGUGGUGGAUAUUACAAUAACUACAAUAAUUAUAAUCAAGGAGGAGGUUAUGGAGGUGGCAGAUACAAUUCAUACAAUCGUGACCGAUCACCAAUUCGUCGAAGACGUGAUUCCAGAUCGCGCUCUAGAAGUAUGUCAAAGUCUCGGAGCCCACAGCAUCGUGAUGACCGCUACCAUACUCGUAGCAGAUCUAUGUCCAACAGUCCUGAUCGAGGUAACUCAGCAGCGAAAAAAUCAGCUUCAAGAAGUCCCAAGUCUGCCAGUCCACAACAUAGUGAUGCACGAGAUCGAAAUCGUUCAGUUUCUCGUAGCCGCUCAAAAUCACGUACUCCGGUACAAGACUCUCCAGGGAGAAGAGGAUCAGGUUCCAGAAGUCGAUCACGAUCACCCAGUGGCAGUCCACAACAUCGGGGUACUCGCUCUGUGACACCUGACGGAAAGAGUAGAUCUUCUGAAAGUGAAUAAAACAUUUUGUCUGGCUAAUGUGUACAAUGUUCUCAGAAGUGAGGUGUAAAAAUACAUUUUUUGUGGUAUUACUUUGUGAUGGUGAAAAGCACUGAGCUGAUAUUGUGAUUUGUUUCAGAAAAUGUUCUUGUAUGAACACCUGAAAAAACCAUUAAAAUUUCACAACUUACACAUACCAACAUCAUGCAUUAGAUUAGUUUUGCCUUUUAAUGUUAAGGAUGUCGAUACAAUCUAGGAUUCACAAUUAGGCUAGGGUUGUUUCAUACCGAAUACACUUCCUGAAAUUCUUUUUAAUGAGGUAAAUAAGUCAUAUCUAGUCUGAGAGGGAUCUGCGGGGUAUAGAUUUGAUGUGUUUGGUGUUGAAACUGAUGAAACCAACUGUGCAGCCCAGAUUUUGAGACUGAAAAUAGCAAAUUUUCAGAUGUUCUUUAAAUAAAGAACUUGCUUUAUGUUAGAUUUGAAUAAUACACUUAUUUUAUGCUGAUACUUUAACAGGCAGGCUUGAAUAUGAUCUAUGUCAGUUUCAUAAAUGCUUGUAUAAAUAUGGAAUGCGCCUAAAUUACACUUUUGUAUUUUUUAUAUAGCCAUAAUGAAUACAGCUACUUUAUACAUUGGGUAGGAUGAUGAAAAAUUAGUCUCAAUCAUUUUUUGUGAUGUUAUUCAAUUUGAUUAUAAAUUCUACAAUUGCGUCCUUCCAGUUUACAUUAUAACAUUCUUACAUUGCCGUUUUAGUGUCAGUGCAUGUAUAUAAUCAUUUUUAUCUUGUGGUUAAUAAAAUCAAGCAGCGUGAUUGUAAUGAUUA